CUACUUUUUGUCAUUUGUGUGGUGUUUGAAAUUAUAGUGGGAUAGAACUGAGACAGCUCAGAGUGAGAGCGAGUCAGAAUCGGAGUGAGUAAAAUUGGGAGCAGUCGCGAACAAAAAUCUCUGAGAACUUAUUUAUACAUAAAUCAAUUUAUAUUUUUGCAAUGGCAUACGUAAAUAUAGCCGAAUGGAAAGCGGAUCAAGUGUGCGAGUGGUUGAAAGGUUUGGAUAAUACUAUACAUCCAUAUAUUCAUAGUUUUCUAAAUCACAAUGUCAAUGGACAACAAUUAUUGAACAUACAAUCGGAAGAUUUAGAACGUUUGGGUGUAAUAAAGCUUGGUCAUCAAGAGAUUAUCCUUAAUGCUAUGGAAUAUCUUAGAAGUUUUCAUUAUGAAUUGGAUAAAGAGAAUCUACAGUUGCUAGCAUUACGACUUUCAAGCCAAGCACACAGCUUACACAAAGAGCUGUGUCGACAAAAAAAUUCAGAAUCUGUUAGUACUCAAACAUUGUCAGAUGUAGCAUCAAUUAUGAUGGUGGUGAAACCUUUAGUGAGAUGGAUGGAUUAUCCUCCAUUUAAUGGCCACAUAGAAUAUCAUGCUAAGAAAGUUGAAUUGAUGAAAAUGUCAAUAGAAAUGGCUACGUGCGCGUAUAGAGAUAGAUUUGCUGAAAAGCCCGUCCAAGAAAUUCGAACAAUUUGCAGCCAACUAGCCACAUUAGCAGAUUAUAUUAUUCAAGAUAUCACUGAUCCUAUGAUAUUGCAGCCUGCAAGUUUAGAUUUAGCAACAUUAAAAAAGAAAUCCAGCGACGAUUUGGGUUUUUAUAUUUUACCAUCUUUUCAUGGAGUACAUCAAAUAACUGAAAUUAAGCUUGGAUCUGCCGCACAUCAAUCUGGUAAAAUGAUGGAAGGUGAUCAGAUAGUUCAAGUAAAUUAUCAAACGGUAGUUGGUUGGGAGAGAAAAAAUUUGCUUGAAUUAUUUCGUGAAAGUCCAGCAGAAAUGCUUUUGACUAUAAAACGUAGGCCAAGGCAUGCUAAAGUUUAUGGCAAAAUUUACAUAAAACCAUAUAAACUUCCCUGUAACAAAAACACUUCUUAUGCAACACAAGGACGCAGUCUUCCAUCCCCUAGACCAGAAUUAUUAACAAUACCUGACUUUGCAAUGCCAUCACCUAGACAUAUGCCAAAGAAAUCCGGUGCAGAGCCAACGAGUAUUUUAGAUGCAGUUAAAAUGUUGGAUACAAUGACUACAGAUAGUAGUGAUUCUGACAGCGAAGCAGAAACGCCACUUUACGCUAAACGAAGAAACUUAGUCCAAAGGCGAGCUACAAUAACAGGUGCCAGUCCUACAUCCAAACAUGGUAUUAAUCUCGAACGGUUUUGGAAGGAGUUGAAAUUAGAGCACAAUGCGGCUGUUCAAUUGCGUGAUAAAGCAGCAUCUUGCGCCCAUGGUUUGGAUAAUGUACCAAUGGUAAAUAUACGGCCUCAAACGUGUUUAGGAUUAGAAUCGGCGAAAAGGAAGAACAAUGAGCAAACGAAUAAAAGAGUGCAAUUUGAGGAAAAUUUGACUGAUGCUAAAAGCAUGCAUCCAAUUAAUAUGAAGGAAAAGGUUACUCCUAUGCAAAACUGUGAUGUUGGUGCAAAUAUUGUAAAUAAAGAUAUUAAUAUAGAACAUUUGCAAACAUUCACGAAUAAUACCAUUGAUAGCAAUAAUGUAAAUGAUACGACCGUGCCUUUAGUUGAAUCUAAUAGUUCUGUUAGUGAUACAUGUAGUAUUAAUGAAAAUAAGCGAAAUAAUAAAGAAAUCGGCAUGCGAUACGUUGAAAAGCGUGAUAAAUUAGAUAAAGAUUAUACUACCUCUGAUCUAUCAGACAUUGAGAGAUUAGACUUAUUUGACCAUUGUUUAAUCAAUACACCAAAUAAUAAUUUAACAAAAAUUAAUAUUAAUACAGUUGUUGAGAACGAUGAUAAUAAAAAAUUGGAAGAUGCAAGCAGCAAAUGUAAAGAACCAUCUGCUGGAAAAUACGGUGGUAAUGUCGCUCAAAAAAUUAAUGACAUCGAGAAACAGAUCGCGUAUGAGAAUACAGAAGAACAGGAAUGUGCCUUUGGAGUGCCUAAAAGAACAGAUCUAUAUAAAAAUAAUGAAUAUAUUUUAAAAAAUGAUGUAAAUCUUGAAAAUAGCACGGAGGAGAAAAAUCAAAAUCUUGAAUAUGAUAUAUUGGAUGUAAACAAUAAGAAAUUAAAUACUGUCAAAAAAUUAAAUACUGAAUGUGAAAUUGCUACAAAUAAAAACCUCCAAAUUGCUUAUUUAAAACAUUCAGCAUGCGAAUAUCAUGAGAAUGCUCAUUGCGAAACAAUUAAUUGUACUUAUGCAGAAUUGCUUGAAAAAAAAUUUUCCUCAGUGCUAUUAAGAGAGAAUUAUAUGGAAUCAAUGAUAUCACUAAAUAAUAAUACUAAAUCUAUUGAAGAUGAUUCAGUGAAUGUUACUCAUAAUGUUUCAAAGACGCAAAUUAAUAUAAAGCAACAAAUUAAAGAAGCGAAAUCUACAGACUUGCCUUCGGCACGGGUCACGAUACAAUCUUGUCGCUUUAUAGAGUUACCAAAGAUUCAGUCUGUUCGAAAACUUGAGAAACUCUGUUCGAAAUCUCAUGUAACACCCCCAGAACCACCGCCUCGUAAAUAUUAUACGAACCAAGCAAUAACUGAUUUGAAAUUAGAUAAUGUUCCACAAACUUUAGAGGAUUUGCAAAAACCUCAAGUUCCAGAGAGAUUCGGCAUUAAACAAGAAUUUAAAAAAGUAGAUUUAAGUUUAUGUGUUAAUCAUAUUAGGAGUAAUUCGGAUUGUCAAGAUAAAAAGGAUUCCUCAGAUAUGCUUAAUUACACAGAAAAUUCGAUGGACUUUAUUGGCGAAUCACGAACUGUAAGUUUAAGCGAUCAAAAAAUUGAUCGUUCAAACUUAUCAGAUGCUUCAUUGUAUAAUGAAAAUAAUGACAAACAAUCAAGAGAAGAAAAAUAUCCUUUUGAAAAAUAUGAAACAUUUGUUGAAAAAUUCGUUUGCUCGGAUCAAUCCAUAACAGACUGUUAUAGGUUUGAUCACUCUCACAUUGUCGAUUGUCCUGAUGGUAUAACAUACUCAAAACAAACAAUACCAUCAGAUUUAAAGCCAAGAUUAUCAGAGAAGGAUAAAAACAUUGAGAAAAGUGUUGUUAAUAAAGCUAUGAUGGUAGCUAAAAGUAUCGGCUUGCAUAGUAGUUUGAACAAAUCUAAUAAUAGUCCAAGAAGCAGUAGAAAACGGAAUGUGUUAUUAGCGAAGAGGAGGAAUGUAUCCGUAAGAGAUGUUGGUACUAGCGAUUUAGAAGGAUGGCUGACAUAUCGUAGUAGAGGAGCAGGUGGCGCGUGGGCAAAAGCCUGGUUUGUAUUAAAGUGUUCAUCGUUGUACAGAUUCAAACUACAGGACAGUGUAAAAGCUGACUGCUUGAUUGUAUUAACGGGUUUUACUGUAUCCCCGGCUACCGAAGUAAAAUCAAGGAAGUAUUCCUUCAAAGUAUAUCACACGGGGACAGUGUUUUAUUUUGCUGCUGAUACCGAAGACAAUUUAAUUCUGUGGCUGGACGCAGUUAAUAAAGGCACUUUAGGAACGGAUACUCAGGACCAAAGCGUUGAGCUUUUUAGCGAAACCGAUGAGAGCGAUAGCGAAAAUCAUAAGAGUAAAUUAAAAUACACACAAUCUUACAAAGCAAAUCCGGAGAAAUUAUUUGGUUCUCUGAAAAAGUCUAUACGAAAAGAUGCCGGAUCUUUUAAGGAUCACGAAAUCGGUGCUGCGAGCUUGGAUCGAAAAUAUUUAAAAUUUCUUAGUGCCAGAAAUAUACCUGUUCCAACGGCCCAAUUUAGAAGUUAUAGACGAGUGCUUCCUAAUACAUCGACAUCAAACAAAAAAGAAGAUUGUAAUUUAAAUUCUCCCGAUUUGCAAAUGACAAUCGCUGGUAGUACAUUUUAUGGCUCGAGCACUUCUCAAAAUGUUACAGAUAUAUCGGACCCAGAUAUGAAUGAUUAUCGACAUGCAGACAGAAAAUCAGAAAACUUGCAAGGUUCUAUCACGCAAGAAGAAUUCGCGAUAUCACAACAAGAUGAGGAGCAACGAUGUGCUAUGAUAAACAAAUCGAUAUCUACGCGUACAACGCCUUUACUUAACGAUCACGUUCAUGUACAGCAUAGAAACUUGAAUGAUAGAACGAUGUAUAAUGAGGAAAUUAGACAAUUAAGUAACAUAUCCUUGAAUAAUACCAGCAAUAUUUAUGACAAAACUAGCGAUGAAAUACCAAACAACAAUAUUAUGUAUGUUCACUCGAAGAACAAGAAUGCACACGCGCCUUGCCAAUUUCUCAAGGAUAAUUUUGUUGCUACUAGAUAUGAAAGUGAAGCAAAUGAUAAAUCCUGUGGCAGGUCCAUGACAAUUGGAUUGAAAAAGGUAUGGGAUUCAUCAAGUUAUGCACAGAAGAGAAGAGUGCAGGAACUUAUGAGUACUCAAAGACAUGACGAUUUAUCUCAUUGGGAAAAUAUGAUAAAUCCAAACAAGCAGAAUUCUCCAAAUCAGAAUGUAGACUAUGAGUUUAACAAACAUAGACAAUCUCCCAAUUGUAAAAGCAACAAAAUGCACGAUUAUCUUUCACCGAGAAAUAUUGGAUAUUCUGGAUCCAAUCAUGACCUUGCGAAUCAUACAUCAUCUGAGACGCAGCAAUGCAUAAAGAAAGACGUAUCGAUUAAUCGAAAGGGGAGUUUUAAUUUUGGUAAUAAUCAUAAUAACAGUUCUUCCGACAAACACUGGCUGGAAUCCUUGAAAUAUAACGACAAGAAAAGCUCAAACUGUGAUAAAAAUCGUCUGAAAAAUGUUGCACAGUAUCAACCACCACCAAUACUGACAUCACCUUUUGAACAAGAAGAAAUGCGUGCCACAUUCGAGAUGCAUUUAGAUAAAAACGAUCAUGUACAGAAAACCGGUCGCCUGAAGGUUUUAUUCGGUGCGAAACAACAAAAAUCCUGUUCCUUGGAGCUUCCUAAAAAUGCUCAGAAAACCAUAUCAGAAACUAGUUCACUGCGGUCGCAUAAAGCACUUCGAGAUAAGUAUUGCUCUGAUCAAUUGCAGCAUCCAUUAUCUACUUCUUUCGGUAGUCCAAACUCUGGCGAUAAUGGGAUCAAUCAGUCUUACAGUUUUUUCAACAACAACAAUCCUUCCCAAACUCAAACAUUCUGUUCAGUCAAUUCGGUCAAUGAUCCGGAUGCAAUAACAUCCUCUAUCAAAUCAAAAUAUGACGGUGGAUAUUCAUCCAAUUACAAAGACUUUCUAAAUUUUGGUAGGAACUUGGUACCUGCAGUACUACCAUACAUACCGCCACCAACAUCUCCACCGCCUGAUUAUCCUGGUUUAGAAUAUCCACCAGUAUUUGAACCCGGGACUUACUCUCUUUCGGAUACAUCAUUACUGCGCAAUCGUAAUAAAAAUAGUCAAAAUACAGGCCAAUAACAAAAGGCAAAUUAAUUUUUUUAAGC